UUCUAGUCAACAUCAAGUUUAAAAUGAGUGAAGAAAAAGAUAAGAAAAAAGAAGAAAUUGACGAGGUCAUGGAAGAAAUGCAAGCUGAAACAUCAAGAAAAAGACCUAAUGUUGUUCAUGACGAAAUUGAUGUUAAAGGUCAAUUUUCAAAAGUGGUUGCCAAAAUUUUUCAGCCAUCUAGAAAGAAAUCAACUUCUAAAAUUUCAAAACCAACUAAGGAACGAUAUUAUGAUCCCGCAUUUAAGAGAUUUGGAAUAGCAGUGAUAUUUAAUCAAAUUACAUUCUCUGGUAUGGAUAAAAGAAGUGGAACGAGAAAAGAUGCUGAAGACUUGAGCAAUGUUUUGGAAAAAAUUGGAUUCGAAGUAGAAGUUUGGGAAGAUUUCACAACUAAACAAAUCCGAAAUAAAUUAAUUUCAUUGUCAGAAAGUGAUCAUUCAGACUGCUAUUGUUUGCUUGUCACGCUGAUGACCCAUGGAGAUGAAGACGGGCAAGUUUAUUCACGUGAUGGAGAGUUUAAUGUUCAGGAACUUUGGGAAAACUUCUUAGGAGAAAAUUGUGAAAGUUUAGUGACAAAACCAAAACUUUUCUUCGUUCAAGCAUGUCGGGGUCGAAUGGUUGAUCCUGGAGUGAUAUUUAAACCGCAACCUAAAUUAAGAAUGAUGCGUAUGUCUGAUACUGUCGACGCUCAGAACGUCGAACCAGAUUAUUAUGUGUUACCAUCAAUGGCAGAUAUACUCGUAAUGUACUCAACUUCCGAAGGUUAUUAUUCAUUCCGAAAUCCAAGUGAGGGAUCGUGGUUUAUUCAGGCUUUAUGUCAGGAAUUGAGUGAAAAUUUAGAAUGUGAUUUGAUGACUAUACUCACUGGAGUAAAUAGAAGUGUUGCCUUUGCAAAGCAAUCAAACGUUCCUAAUUCAAGUUAUCAUGAGAUGAAACAAAUGCCAUGCAUAUUGUCAAUGCUCACCAAAACAAUGUACUUAAAGAUAUCAGAAAGAUUUUUAGAAGAUCAACUUGAAAAUGCUUAAUGCGAUUAGUUAGUUAAAUCAGCUAAGAAUUCUUUCUGAAAUUUUAAAACUUUUCGUUCCUAGUCUCAAGGUAAAAACAAAACGAUGACUCAAUGUCAUCAUCAAAAAUCGUGAUAAGUUAGACUUGAUAACAAACAGCUACUUAAUCUAUUUGUAUCUAAUACAAA